AUGUCGUCCGCCGCGUCCGUCGCCGCGUCCGCGGCCGCGACGACCGCCGCGCGCGCGGCGGCGUGCCGUCCCCGCGCGACGGCGACGUCCGCCUCGUCGUCGUCGUCGUCGUCGUCGUCGUCGAAUCCUUCGCGGUCGCGACGGAUCCGCGCGCCCCCCCCGCGCGCCUCGCGCUCACCCUCCGCGUACUUCGUCGACGUCACGGACGCGGAUCCCGGGGUGAAGCUCGCGCCGUUCGAGCCCGGCAUGCGCGACGCGACCGUGUUCGGCGUCUCGCACAUGACCAACGCGCACGAGGCGGCUGAGCACAUCCUCGUCAACGCGCCUGCGUCCGUCGUCGUCGAGACGGGGCUGUGCAAAGAGCACGGCGCCGCGCGAGGGACGACGUUCAAGUUCGACGAGAUCUUCACCGCGAUCGAGAUCGGCGGCGCGAAAGCGACCGCGGAGGAGAGCCUGCAGUUCAUCACGCGCGUGGCGCAUCAGCUUCGACUGGAGGAGCGUCCGCUGCACAAGUCGCCCUUCUGGCAGUCGAUGAAGACGCAGCUCCCCGCGGAGCCGCUCGUGUACGCCGCCGCGUUCGCGGUCGACGCGCGGCUCGUGUUCGGCGACCGCCCGAAGGAGACGACGUACCGAAGGCUGCUGUCGUGCCCGACCCUCGCGGAGCUCGACGAGACGUUCGGGAAUCAGUCGGAGCGAAACUACCGGCUCCUGCUCCCGGAGGAUCACCCGCUCGCCGCGGUGCCGCCGAUGCCCGCGCACGAUAAGUUCGAGCAGAUUUGCAUCCACGAGAGAGACGAGAUAUUGACGCACACGAUCAGGCUGGAGGCGUCGAACGCGGAGGGGGCCGGGGAGGUCGUCGCGGUCUUGGGCGCGGAUCACGUCCCGGGCGUGGAGAAGAGGUGGCGGUCCUUCGUCGACGGCUCCGCGACGCCGCCGACGCCGGAUGAGAUCGACGCGUUGAACACCGCGCCGGACACGGCGGAGGACGACAUCGGCGUGCGGCUCGCGAUCAUGCAGCGACUGUUGGGGUUGCGGUGCACGGAAUCGCUCGUGAACGACGCGAACGCGGCGUUAGACGCGGACCUGGACGCGUUGAAAGGGGAGGACAUCAUCGCGUUCAACGCGACGUCGGAAAUUUACGGCGCCGCGCGGAUGCUCCUCGCGUGCGUGAACGACCGCGAUGUCUUCGACGCCGUCAUCGGGGGGCGGGGCGGGUGCGACUUCGGCGACGUCUUGUCGCCGAUGCGGGACGUGCGGCCGAUGAACGGCGGGAAAGGGUGGAGCGAGGAGGCGCUCUUGUGGUUGCGGACGGCGAGCGGCGUGGACUUUUCCGCGCUCGCCGCCGAGGAGCGGUGA